AAAAUGAAAGUACUUACAUAAAGUAUUUAUGUCAAAAUUAAGUGCAAUAUUAUUCGAGUAGAUAUACUUAGUUACGUUCCACACUGGUUUUAACAGUGAAAAGUAACAACCGAUACCACCCAGCAGCGACACCUGACACCUCAGGUGCGUCGCCUGUGGCCCCGCCCUCCCCAGUGGCAGUACGUCGGGACGACCCACCUGAGUGAGCCGAGGGACAACAAAGCAGGACUGAACAUUCACCCUGUCCAGUUAAAUGAAUCGACCGGCUUGAACUCUUCGCGGAUUUGGAUUUUGUUCACCAUGGACGAGGUGUUUUUUAAAUCGGCGUUACCUGCCCAGGACUCUUUCGUGCUGGAUGACACGAGUCUGGCUCUGCCGGCCGAGCCGAGCGCACGAUCCUCGACGAAACUUGACUCGAACGACCGGAGUCUGCGCGUUCAUCAGCAAGUUCAGCUCACACUGGCACGGAGGGCGAAGAAGCCUGUGUCAAAUGGAGGCGUCCAUUUACAGAAGAGCACAGCAAAGAGCUUUGAUGCUGUAGAUGGACUUUUACCAAACAUGAAGUUUUCACAGGUGAAUGGAUUGUCCUUCACCAACCACUCUCUUUCAAGCAGCCAUAUACGAAGGCCAUCCAGGAGGGUGGAGGUGUCUCCACCGCCGAGCCCAGGGUUAUCUCGAGGUCGCUUCAGUUACAAUGUCCACCGUUUUGGGACGUACACCCUCCCAGCACCCAGUCAGUCUCACAAGGUAAACCCUCUGCAGAACUCAGACACGUUUCGUCGCUACGCCUUCUCCGAGGCGCCUCGCGCCACGCUGCCUCGUGCCUCCACAUCUGCUUACGGGAGCUUCCGCCAGAGGUCGCUGAGACAGAUCGCGGGGCAGCAGCCUGUGUUUGCAAACGCAGCAUUUCAGCAAAGUGGCGGCUACAGCUCUCACUGGAAUCGUAACCAAAGUGUUGUCAAAAAGGAGAGCCGUGCCGUGCAGGGAAACAGCUGUGAUAUGAUGCUUGGUGCAGCCCAGCAUGAUGAAGGCCUGUCCUGGUUUGCUCAAGUCAGGAAUGAUGGCCUGGGGCUCCGCAGACUGAACUCAUACCCGCCCUCAGUCGUCAGCAUGGAGGUGGAUGUGGGGAGGCAGAUGGGGGAAGAACUCCCCAUUCAGCCAAUACAGGCUCAGACAGUCACGACUCUGAAGUCAGAGAACAAGCCUCCAGAGAUGACGUUGGAGAGGGCCGUGAGCCUGUUGUCCCAGGAUGAUGAGGAAACACUGAUCUGUGCAGCUAGCCACAUACAGAAUCAAUGUUUCAAGAGCGCAGAUGCUAAAAGGAUGGUGUACUAUCUCCAUGGAAUUGGAAAGCUCCUGCAGCUCCUCCACAACGACAACGAGGAGGUGCAGCGUGUCGCCGCUGGGUCGCUGCGUAACAUCGUUUACCAGAGCAACGAAAACAAGAUGGAGGUGAAGGAAAAUGAAGGCUUGGCUAUCAUUUUAGGUGCACUGAAGAGCAGCCGCGAUGUGGAGACCAGACGACAACUUGCUGGUCUUUUGUGGAACCUCUCCUCUCAUGACCUUUUGAAGGAGCGCCUCUCAAAAGAAGCCUUAAACAUCCUCACCCAGUCGGUCCUCGUGCCCAGCUCUGGCAUUUCUGAAGGCGAGAACCCAAAAGACGACCUCCUAGCUGAUGCUGAAGUUUUCCACUAUGCUACAGGCUGCCUGCGGAAUCUGAGCUCUGCUGGUCCGGAUGGCAGGAAAGCAAUGAGGGACUGUGAGAAUCUUAUUGAUUCUCUGGUCUACUACGUUCGGGGAACCAUAGCUGACUAUAAGACAGACGACAAGUCCACAGAGAACUGCGUCUGCAUCCUGCACAACCUGUCUUAUCAGGUAGAGGCAGAACUUCCCAAGAAGUACACCAAAGAUCUCACAGAGUCCCGACAAAACUUGGCACACAGGCCAAAGACCGUCAGCUGCUUCCCUUCACGCAGUGCCAAGAUCACAGAGCAUCUGGAGCGACAGAGCCCUCUGCUGGAGGAGAAGGCUAACCCCCGGGGCAUAGAGUGGCUGUGGAGCGCCAUCACCAUCCGCAUGUACCUGUCACUGAUCGCCCGCAGCGUGCGCCACUACACCCAGGAGGCUGCCAUCGGAGCCCUGCAGAACAUCACAGCCGGGAACGGAGCGGUGUCUGAAGCCAUCGCUUUCACAAUAGUUCAGCGGGAAAACGGUCUUCAGCAUGUAAAGAAGAUGUUACAGGAGGGAGAGAGUGCCGUGAGGAGGACGGCCAUAUCUCUAAUAAGAAACCUCUCUCGCUACCAGGAGCUGCAUCCUGACAUUGUGAACCAGGUGUUGCCAGAGGUGGCGGGGAUGCUGCCCAACAACGACACCGGCACCGACCUGCCCACCGAGGUGACGGCCUCUCUGUGUCACAUCCUGAUUAACCUGAGUCAGAGCGACAUGCAGCACGUCCGGGCCAUCGUCAACCAGGGAGCCCUACCGAAGAUCAUCAACAUCAGCAGCAAAGACAACGGUUAUGGACCAAGCAGAGCGGGUCAGGCUGCAUGUGUCCUGCUGCACACCAUGUGGAAAUACACCGACCUCCAUGGGGCCUACAAGAAGUGUGGGUACAGGAAAACUGAUUUUGUUAACGCGAGAACGACAAAGGCUGUGAACUCUGGACGAAACUGAGCUGAAGAUCUUUUACACCAAACUCCAAACUGCACUUGUUAACAGUAACAGCACUUCCUGUGUCUGUGUCAGUUUAGUAAAAUAAGCCUUGGAUUUUUUUUCCUCAGUGCUGCAGAUAAAAAACUGUAAACUAUUCCUGCAUUUCUCUUAAAAGUCCCAUGAAAUAGCUUUAAAACAGUUAUUAUCUGAUGUGUUUGAAUGUGUUGCUCUGUUAGUGUUGAGUGGAAACAGGAAAAGAGAGAGGUUGAAGAGCAUUAAUGAAGAGCCAUUUUUAAUUUCAUGGGACCUUCAAAGCACGUUCUAGUUUGUUAACAUUCCUCAUCAGAUUUGCAUAAGACUUCUGGUCCGCUGCCUUCGUGCCUCAUGUUCAGAAAAACUCCUGACAGAUGAAUGUAGAAAUCUCUCUAGCAGCGAUAAUGAAUGAUAUUCAAAGUAUUCAUUUAUGUUUGUCUGUGUUUUUUCUUUGACGGCAGCUUGACAGUCAAUGAUACUGUUAUGUGUUUUUAAACACUGCAGGUAAUCAUACAAAGAACCACAAUGAGAAAAAAUUUAAUAUUUACACUAAAGACAUAGUGAAGGAUGAAGAUCAAUCAGACUAUUACACUGUUAAUAUAUGUAUAUAAAUGUAUUUUAAGACAGAAUGACUUCCCACUGUAACAUACAACAAGCUGAUCUUCUGCUCUGCCUUCGUGAGUUCAUUUAUUCAAAUGAAUAAACUGUUUUGACUUGUUCAUUUUCCACUGCA